AUGGGUUGUAAGUUCUCGAAGUAUUCAACAUGUUGUUGGGGUAGUGAGCAAGGAGGUGGUGGUGUUCAAGUUCCGGAGGCAAAUAUUGAUGAAAAUGAAAACAAUAAUGUUGAAGACAAUGGUCCGCCGUCGUUUCGUGAAUAUACGGUUGAUCAACUUAGGAAGGCCACCUCUGGGUUUGCGGUAGAUAAUAUUGUUUCCGAGCAUGGAGAAAAGGCUCCAAAUGUUGUUUUUAAAGGGAAACUUGAAAAUCAAACGCGAAUUACCAUCAAACGGUUCAAUAAAUCAGCCUGGCCAGACGCCCAUCAAUUUUUGGAAGAGGCCAAAGCUGUUGGUCAGCUAAGGAGCCCAAAAUUGGCAAAUCUGCUUGGAUGUUGCUCUGAAGGUGAUGAGAGGUUGCUUGUAUCAGAGUAUAUGUCCAAUGAUACGUUGGCAAAACACUUGUUCCAUUGGGAAACUCAGCCUAUGAAAUGGGCAAUGCGACUUAGAGUUGCUUUACAUCUUGCCCAAGCUCUAGAGUACUGUACCAACAAAGGACGGGCUUUGUAUCAUGAUCUAAAUGCUUACCGAGUUCUUUUCGAUGAUGACUUCAAUCCUAAACUUUCAUGCUUCGGUCUGAUGAAAAACAGUCGAGAUGGGAAAAGUUAUAGUACAAAUUUGGCAUUUACACCACCCGAGUAUCUCAGGACAGGUAGAGUGACCCCAGAGAGUGUAACUUAUAGCUUUGGGACCCUUUUGCUUGACCUUCUCAGUGGAAAACAUAUUCCUCCAAGCCAUGCCCUUGACCUGAUCAGAGACAGGAACCUUGAGAGUCUAACAGACUCAUGUUUAGAAGGACAAUUUUCAGAUGACGAGGGGACUGAAUUAGUUCGUCUAGCCUCACGAUGUUUACAAUCUGAACCGCGAGAGCGUCCUAAUCCAAAGUCACUGGUCACUGCUCUAAUACCUUUACAGAAGGAUUCUGAGGUUCCUUCUCAUGUGCUGAUGGGUAUACCUGAUGCCGAUGGUAGUGCAGCUUUUCCCCUUACUCCACUUGGGGAAGCUUGUCUACGCAGGGAUCUGACAUCCCUACACGAGGUGCUGGAGAAAAUUGGGUAUAAAGAUGAUGAGGGCGCAGCUACCGAGCUUUCGUUCCAAAUGUGGACCAACCAAAUGCAGCAAACAUUGGACUCAAAGAAGAAAGGAGAUGCCGCUUUUCGACAGAAGGACUUCAAAAAUGCAAUUGAUGGCUACACCCAGUUUAUUGAGGUUGGAAGCAUGACUUCUCCAACAAUUUUCGCUCGACGUAGUCUGUCUUAUCUCUUCAGCAAUAUGCCAAAUGAAGCACUUGGUGAUGCAAUGCAGAAUGAUGCCCAAGUGGCCCUUAAAGAAGGUUCUUCACUUGAAACUAAUAAGAGCACAAAUUAA